AGUGCCACAGUGUACAUCGUUCGAGGAGUUUAUUUAGUUUUAAUAAUCAUCCAGUCGUUUAAAGUGUUAUAAAAAGUGUUAAACGUUACCGACAGUGUGUAAAUGCACUUGUGCGUUAUGAAGAUUUUGGUGUAAAACCGUUUAAUUCUGUGUAAAUUGUGAUGAAUACGAUGCAACUAAAGUGACUUACAGUUGUAAUUAAACGGUCAUCUGAUCUAAAAAGUGUAAACAAUUGUGUUUGGUGCCUAUUUAGUAGUCAUAAUUUUUUGCAUACUACGUUAAAAGUGCAUAUGCUGAAAGAAAAUGUUCUAACCUAAAAUUAAAUCAAACUUAAACAACUCUGCAAUUUAACGUAACGUGAAAGCGCCAUCUAUGUCUACUACGGUUCAACGACACGGUUUGAGCAGAUAAUUGCAAAACAAGAUCACUGAUACUGCCAUCUGUUAAUCAUUUGCAAUUUACACCAUUGAGUAUAUUUACAUAGAAACAACGAACAAGCGCGAAAGCGCUCUGUAUUAUAAGCUAUGGAUGAAAUCAAACAAAUGUUAAUUACAAUGCAGAACGACAUAAAACAACAAAAACAGGAUAUGGAAGCUAUGAAAGAAGACAUAAAAAACGCAAUAAACAGUAACAUCAACAAGAAGUUUAAAUACCUAGAAUUAAAAAGCGAACAAUUAGAAAAACAAAUAGAAGAACAUAGUGAAAAAAUAAAGAGUUUGGAAAGAUACAAUAGAAGAAGAAACAUAGUUAUGUUUGGCGUUGAAGAACGCGAAAAAUCGUACCACGAACUCGAAGAUAUAAUAAUUGAUUUAAUUCAAAAUCACUUUAAAUUAAAAUGUGACAAAAGCUAUUUCGAAGGAGUCAGAAGACUGGGUAAGAAAGGCGAGAAAACUAGGCCAAUUGUUAUAUCAUUCACUACGCUUGGUUUUAAGAUUACGAUUUUGCAAAACAAGUCUUGCCUGAAUAAUACGUCCUACUAUAUAAAGGAAGACUACCCAAAAGAUAUUUUAAUCAAGCGUAAGGAAUUACAAGAACAACUGAUGAAGGAAAGAGAGGCAGGCAAUAUUGCAUUUAUAAAAUACGACAAACUUAUAAUAACGAAGAGCAAUAAAGACAUAUCCAGAAAACAAUUAAAUAAGAGAAACUUGUCUGAAUCCCCAGAGCCAUCAAAUUCAAACUACCUUAACAAUCAACGUGGUAAACAACCAAUAAAAAAGAAUAAAGCCAACAUGAAAGAUUACAUAAUUCAAAAACCAAAAUUAACGUUUUCCAAAACUAAAAUAGACUCAUCUUAUCCUCAACUGAUGGAUACACAACAGAAUGCAGAAUAGCAACAACAGUUCGACCCUCCUCACCCUAGCAAUCUCCCAGUACGGCCGGUCCCCGCGGGAGAGAUUGACCAAAACCCUCCAAGUAAAAACAAAAAAACUAUGAAAAAAUUUAACAUUUGUACCUUGAACGUCAAAUCACUUUCUUCCGAAAUAAAAUUAAUUGAACUUAAGGCAGCGCUGAAAAACAUUAACCAUGAUAUAUUAGGAUUAAGUGAAGUCCGUCGACUAGGCGAGAAUAUAAUCGAAGAUGAUGACUAUAUUAUGUAUUACAAAGGCCAAACUAAAGGCCUUUACGGUGUGGGAUUCCUGGUAAAGAAAAAUCUAAAAAAUAAUAUUAAAACAUUUAUCGGAUUAUCAGAGAGAGUUUGUGUACUAGAAAUAGAAUUAGAAAACUUACCUUUUACAGUAAUUCAGGCAUAUGCGCCUACAGAAAAUUCAACUCAAGACGAUAUAGACAAAUUUUACGAGGACAUGGCGCAUGCUCACGAUUGUACCUCUUCAAAUUAUAUUAUUUCUAUGGGGGAUUUCAAUGCACAAAUUGGAAUGCCGAAGGAACACGAAUUUUCUACUACCGGAAAACAUGGUUAUGGAAGCAGAAGCAUUCGCGGAGAAAGACUCAUUCAAUAUGCACAGGAGUAUAAUCUGAAGGUCGUCAAUACUAUGUUCAAGCUCAAACCGAAAAACAGAUGGACGUGGAUCUCUCCCGAUAAAAAUACAAGAAACGAGAUCGACUAUAUAUUGACAUCAAAUCCACACCUUUUUACUAAAUUUAAAGUAUUAUCUGCAUUUCCCUUCAAUUCAGACCAUAGAUUAUUGAGAGCAACAAUCUGCUUGAAACCAACGAAAAAAAGUAGACGCAAAUAUGCAAUGACACCGAAGAAACUAAAAACUAUCGAGAACCAGGACAUUUACCAAGAAAACCUAAAACACUACAUACCUGAACUGUUAAUUAAUCAUAAAAUCUAUGAAGCAGAAGAAUAUUGCCAAAAAAUUACAAACUCUAUUUUAGAAAGUCUAAAAAGUAUUAAAAGUCACACGAAGCCAAAGAUUCUAUCUGAAAAAGCGCUGGAUCUAAUGAAACAAAGAAGUAAACUACAAAAUAAAACUAAAUUGAAUACAAAUGAUAAAGUUAAACUCAAAGAACUUUAUAAGACUACCAACAAAGAAAUAAAAAGAUGCUAUAAAAUUCACAGAAUGAACACUAUACAAAAACAUAUAGAAAUAUCCAGAUCCGCCAAGAAAGCUUAUAAAGAAUUAAAUAAAGCGAAGUCAUGGAUACCAUCUCUCCAUCCCGGGUCUACUAAGCUUAAGUCCAGAAAAGACAUAAUUAAAGUUGCCACUGAGUUUUAUACAAAACUGUAUAGCCACCCAAACUCAUUGAACCAAACAUAUGUGGGUAGCCGAACAGUCGAAAAUUCACCUUUUACAGAAUUCACAGAACCCGAAAUCCUAAAACACAUAAUGAAACUAAAACUAGACAAAAGCGCAGGCCCUGACGGACUUACAAAUGAAUGCAUCAAGACUGCGAGAAACCUACUACUAACCCCACUCACCAUUCUAUGGAAUAAAAUAUUAGAAGAAGAAGCUGUGCCCUCACAAUGGACCGAGUCUGAAAUCAUACUACUCUACAAAAAAGGCGAUCCGGCCGAUAUAGGGAAUUACCGUCCAAUUAGUCUUAUGCCCUGCCUAUACAAACUGUUCGCUUCAUGCUUGCUGGAAAGAAUAUCCCCUGACAUUGACUCAUACCAACCAAUCGAGCAAGCCGGAUUUAGAAGUGGCUUUAGUACAGUGGACCACAUCCAAGUAGUUGACCAGGUUAUUGAGAAGUAUUUAGAAUUUCGUAGGCCCUUAUAUGUAGCUUUUAUUGACUAUAAAAAAGCUUUCGAUUCCAUAACUCACUGCAGUAUCUGGGAAGCAUUAAGAUCAAUAAACAUAACAGAAAAAUACAUAAACAUAUUAAAAAACAUAUAUUCCAAUAGUACAAGUAGGGUCAAGCUAGACAGAAUAGGAGACAAAAUCAACAUUAAUAAAGGAGUUAGGCAGGGCGACCCAAUAUCUCCAAAACUUUUCUUAGCUGUUCUUCAACACAUAAUGAAAAACUUACCGUGGUCGACGCAAGGCAUCAGAGUGAAUGGCAAUUAUCUAAGUCAUUUGAGGUUUGCCGAUGAUAUCAUUCUUUUCUCGGAAUCUCCACAUCAACUAAACAACAUGAUAAACGAUCUACAGAAAGCUAGCGCAAAAGUUGGAUUAGAGAUGAACCUAGACAAAACUAAAGUGAUGACCAACCACCAUAUAAGUCCUAUUUUAGUAAACGACAUACCUCUUGAAUUCGUAAAUAAAUACAUAUAUCUUGGCAAACAAAUUUCCUUUAAUAAAGAAAGAAACGCAGAAGAAAUAGAUAGAAGGAUAGC